AUUAGCUUAGGCUUAGCUCCAUGGAAGAAGCAAAGAAUACCUUGUUCCAGAAUCACACGGCGACAUUGCCAGAUUGCCAACUAAACCCUCAGGUGAAAGUAACUUCAUGUGCAAAUAUACCAUGCCUAAUUUGAUCAUCAAGUCCAUGGCAACAUCUUGCUUGAUUACUUCUCCAAUCUUGCAAUCAAAUGGCUACUACAAUAUAAGCUGUGCAUUGCAAUGCUGUUCGAGACGUGUGCUUUAACUGUUCGACAGUGACCUGAGAACUGAGAAGAGAAGACUAGAGUUGUAGCCACACGACCAGACCGGCAUGGCCGCCGCCGCCGCGGCGAACGACACGACGCCGGCGAAGGCCGCCGGGCCGCAGCUGAAGCUGCUGGUGGACAAGCGGUCGCGGCGCGUGCUGUACGCGGAGGCGCGCAAGGACGCGGUGGACUUCCUCAUCGGCCUCCUCCGCGUGCCCGCGGGGCUCGCCGCGCGCGUCCUCGCCAGCCACGGCGUCGCCGCGCCGGGCUCCCUCGCCACGCUCUACGCCGCCGCGCGCGCCCUCGACGACGCCUUCUUCCUCGCGUCGCCGCCCUCCCCGGGCCCAGACCGCCGCGACGCGGUGCUCGCCCCCGCCGUUCUCCCCUCCGCCGCGCUUCCCCUGCUCGGCGAGCGCCCCCCGCCGCCGCCGCCGCCGCCGCCGAAGCGGUACUACCGGUGCAACGCGUACGCGAUGCCGUGCCGGUCGAACCCGCUGAACGUGACGGACACGGCGGGCCUCGCGUGCCCGGGGUGCCGGCAGCCGAUGACGGUGGAGAUGAAGUGGGCGGCCGGCGGCGGCAGCAAGCCGGCGGAGGAGGAGGAGGCGGCGGCCGGCGGCGAGGGCGGGUACGUGAAGGAGGUGGUGACGUACCUGGUGAUGGACGACCUGAGCAUCGAGCCCAUGUCCACCAUCUCCGCCGUGAUGCUGCUCAAGAAGUUCGACGUCAAGGAUUGCUCCGCCCUCGACGAGAUGACCGUCGACCUGGGCCCCAAAGAGUGUGUGAAGCUGCUGAAGGCGUCUCUGGAGUCGACGACGGCAUUGACGGAUGUGUUCAGCGGCGGCGUCUCCAUUGAUAGGCUUGAGUGAGCAGGCGAGGUCGCGGAUGCACACGUGUGCGAGCUGGCUGAUGAACUGAGAUGGUGACAAUAUGUUGAUAUGCAAUGGAGAAUCCAAUUCAUGUUUUCACCAUGAAACCAUGGUACAUGUAUGCAAAUGUUAUUCUUUGCACAAAAAGUAACUUAAUGAUCACAAAGAAAACAGGGGUUAAAGUUCAAAA